AACAGCAUGAACCCAGAACUUGUCAAAUAUGCAAAAGAAACAGACAAAUACUUAGCCAGUUUGCGUAAUAAAGAAAGACUGGGAAUAUUUGAUAUUUAUCCUGAUAUGCAGAGGUCUCUAACUGAUGAACCAGAACUUGAACCAGAGUGGGAUGUCUUCAAGGAACAAUUUGGCAAAAGAUUUGUAGUGAGAUACGACAGUUUCAAACUACGUCUUCAGGCCAAUAUUGCUGAAGAUGGAAAGCCCGAGAGACUUGACAAUCCAGAGCCCUUUUUCAUCAGUCUUGCUUUGUAUGAUGCCAAAGAAGGAAUAAAAAUAUCUGAAGAUUUUCACAUCGAUCCAAACUCACAAGAUAUCAGAGAGAUGAUUCCCAGGGACUUAUUGCUGGCUAAUGACCAGCUAAACACUAUAGAUGGCCAACCUGAUACCCAACCAGACCUGUACGGAGUUAAGCAUGAAUGGCUGCAAAAACCACACCAGGCCAUAUUCUCCAUAAUGAAGCCCAACUCUGACAUUUAUCUAGUCGCCAAGAUUGAGAAAGUUUUACAAGGUGGAAUAACACAGAGCACAGAACCAUACAUUAAGUCUACAGAUGUGAAAAUGGGCACCAGGAUACAUAAGCACAUGAAGAUGUAUUCUAAUAGGAUUGGUCAUUAUAGAAUGCCCUUUGC